UUAUUCAGUUUCAGAAAAUUUAAAUAUUUACAUGCAUUAUAGAUAUCGCUAAAUCAGCUAGUCAAAUGCUUAGCUUGGGUUGCCUSUGGGCUCGAGAUUGAAAYGCGCGCAUAAGAUGUGACGUCAUACAUUGCUGACAUCAYAGUCGAGCAAACGUCAUWAACAAUGCUUUCAACGAUGGACGAACAACUUGCACAUACAAACAAUGAAGAAAGCAAGUCAACACUUACAAUGAUUUCGAAACCAGGUGACGACAACAAACAUUUAACCGACGAAGAAGCCGAGUUUGAAAGUGUAAGUAGUCAGCUACAAAGUUCUUUGAACGAGCUGAGGCAAUUCCGAGAAGAACUAGUUGUCUUUGAAAGAAAAGUCGUAGAAGCCCGAGCUAAAUUCAUCAAGGAAAUAUCAACUUUUCGGAACAUUUUUCUUUCAAUAAAUGACAACAUAACGGAACAAUCCAACGAAAGCGCGGCCUGCCAGAACAAAAAGGACACGGAUGAUACAGCGCAAAGUACAUCCGCUGCCCCAAAAGAAACAUCAGGCCAUAAAACAUCAGAGAACAUCGAUGAAGUCCGUCCGAAUAUGACUAAAGAUGACAAACCCCAAAACAAAGUUGCUUCCAAUGGAGAAACUAUUCAGAAUAUUCCUUUGAAGUCAAUUCAAGAGAAAAUGAAGAACGUGGAUGAACGUGUUCCCCGUGUAGCUGAAGAAAGUACAGGAAAAGCACCUUCACAAGAUGGCUCGCCAAAAAGCAAAUUUGCUAGUCMAAAAGAAACAUUGACUGAUAUGUGUAAAGCUGGUGUCAGUGAUAAAACCCCAGGAAAUAAAGCAAGUGGUAUAACGGAGUUGCAUUUAAGUUCAGURAAGAUUAAAAAAUGGGAAGGUGCAGGAAAGCCAAAUGAUGCAGUGACAAUGGAGAAAGUGAAGCAAGUUUGCGGUGCGCUUAAUGGAGAUGAUAUCUAUCAUUAUGAAAACAUAGAGGAUUUUGAUGACACCAACAAAAGCCGAUUCAAUCCAAUCGCCAUGAAAAACAAAAGCAAAGUUAUUAAUUGYAAAUUUGUUCUCAACGAGGAUGGAGGUUUUUCUCCCGCAAGCUUUUGUAAAGGUAAAGAAAAGAAAGGAAAACGUUUCGACCAAAAAAGAUAUAUGUUGGAACAAAUAGCGUCUGGAAGAACUACGGUCAGUUGCGGGAACAAAGGCUGUUCAAAUGUCUACGACCCUUGGGACGUUGCACGUUUUCUUGGUACAAAGGACGGUUACCUUUGGUAUGAAAUGGUAGCCCUUGACCCUGUUAAAAGCAACCACAUAGGUGAUGCUACGAAACAGAAUUCAAUCUCGGAAAAAGUUUCUGCUGUUACGAACGCUGCAAAAGAAGAAACACCUGAUAAAAAGCCCAAGAAGAGAUGGUGGCAGAAGAAAAAUAAAGUUGCUAAGCAAAAGGAUGAUUUAUCUGAGCCUCAACUGAACCAAACGUCGAAAGAAAUGAAGCUUUUCACCAUUGAUGCACUUCUGGAUACUGAGGCCGAACGCYCACACAAGUACGAAUGUGAAACAUGCUUUGAGGGUUUUGAUGAUGACCCUCAAAAAGGCUACAACACUUGCGGACACUACAACUGCAAAUCCUGCCUUAAAAUAUACUUCAACAAUCAGAUCCAAAAUAUGAUUACUAACAUCGAGUGCCCGAGGCCUGAUUGCAAAGAAGAAUUUGACUGUUCAUUCAUAAUUAGAUUAUUAAGCCACGAAAACAAGCCGGCGUACAUAAGGCUACGUAGAAUACGAAGAGAACUCGAGUUUUUCAGACACACCRAAGGUAGACGCUCAAAAUCAGCGUGUCAGGGAGGACCUGACUGCACUCAAAACAAAUGUGUCUGCAAACUACCAGGAAACCUGGAAUCGUGGGUAGAAAAAUCGAGAAGAUAUGCUUACUGUCCAGAAUGUGGCACAAUCAUCGAGAAAAAGAAUGACGGCAGAUGUAACAUGAUGUUAUGCUUGGUUUGUAGAACAGAAUUCUGUUGGAUUUGUAAAAAGAUUUGCGAUGAAGGUAGUUUUCACAUCUUUGAGUGCCCUCUCUGGGGCAGCAAGAAGUUUAGCAAGCGGCGAGUUAUUCUGAACUACUUAUCAUUUGGGACUGCCGUCGCGAUAGUGGUUCCUCUUGGCUUUAGCUUUGCUGUAGGAUGGGGUGCGGUAGUCGUUACAGCAGGAACUUUGAGUCCACCAUAUUUUUUGGCAAAAGAGUUGUACAAGUUUCACAAAAGACAAAACAGCUCAACACUGCAACGCAAUUUGUCAGUGAUUGCUGCAGCAAGCCUCGGUGUCAUUGCAAUGCCUUUCUUAUCUCUAUGGGGGAUUUUUAAAACUUUUAAAAUCGCUAAAAAGACCACAGUUGAUGCMUUUGAUCGAUGGAUGGACGAAUAUGAAGAAGAUGAGGAUGAGGAGUAUUUAGAUCCACCAUUUAAUGCGAAAAAUAAGCAGGAAAAUGAUAAAGUUCCCUUAAAGUCAUCUCAUAGAGACCAAAAGCAACGUCAAGUGAUAGAAACUACACAAAAUCACAACGUGAGCAAAACGCCAGAAAGCGUCCACSAACAAGAAGCGGUAAAAAACAAAAGUACCUCAAACAACACUGCAGCAAAUUAAAGACAGGUUUAUGAACUUUGGUUUAUGGAUUAUGUAYAAAUAGAUGUAAUUGAUUUGUUUGCCCUGUAUAUUGUUUAUUACUUGAUAUUUUGAAAGAUUUGAUUAUAAACUUCAUUUA